AUGCAGACUUCCACCCUGCUCCUUGGUGUAGUCGCCCUGAUCGCCUCCAUGAUCAAUGGUGCUCCCGUCUCCAGCGACAUCACCCCAUUCUCUACCAACAGCACAACUCUCCCGGACACUACCACUCUCACCGACUUCAAAAUCAAGGUCAGAUCAUCCAGCGUGUGCGAGAACUGCAUGUCGUGCAAAGCGAAGCAAUCCGGCUUCCUCUCCGUCAUCGUCCGCUACAAGCUCCACAUCGGGGCUCCCUUCAGGGACGGCUGGGGCUGUCAAUCGAUCGAGAACGCCCUCGUGAACGACGAGGAUGUUCCAGAGAUCGAAUCCUUCUCAUGCACGAACGACGGUCACGACAUGACCAAAAUCGAGUUUGCGAUCCGUCAUCUCAACCAGGGAAAGGAGAUUAGUGCGGUGUUCAACCUUAACUACCCUUCGAUUACUGCGAUGGGCCAUUCAUUCAACUGUCCGGACUUCUAA